AUGGCGACCCCUAACGAUGGACUUCCGUUGCCGGACCCCGUCUCAAUCACUCAACAGUCAGCCAGCCGGCUCCAGGCAACACAACCACACCCGCAGUCACAGUCACAGUCUCAAUCUCCGACGCCAACACAGGUUCAUCCAAGUCGUCCGUUAGUUUCCCCCCGCUUACAGCAUGUCGCGGGCGAGAUUCCACCUGCCCUCUCUCCGCUUGAUGCCUUUGCGGCCCAGGGCCGGCUUUUGGCUAAACAGUUUGAUGAGUCCCGCAAGGCUGGCCGCAGGCUAAGUCGGCUACCGCCUGCCAGUGUGGAACGGUCACUUUCCCAGCCUAGAGGGGGCUAUCAUCGAACACUGUCUGAUGAAGAUACCAGACAAGCCCAGACGCCGAUGCGCGCGGGGUUCAACUUCGAGCAGAGAGGACGGGGGAGGGGGAAUGCGGAGAAAGCACCCUUUAGCAAUGGCAUGUCACUUGAAGAGCCUUCAUUUAGGCCUAAAUCACAACAUCCCAGAAUCAGCGGGCUACCCCUUAACACCAGCACUGGUAAUACGUUCCCUAUAGACGAUAGCUGGGAUACGAAAUCAGUUGGAAACAGCACAUACGGGGCUCCCCGCGCUCACUCUCCGGAUACAUUCUGGGCCCGGAAUGGCUCGCAUGAACGAGGUAGAACACCUUCCCCUGGGCCGGGGCCGACAAUCGACAAUAGACUGAAUGUUGUACGUUCUCGAUCACCGCACUCUGGCGGGUCGCCUACACGGUUCUAUGCCAACCAACAGCAGCAACGCAGCAACAGUAACAACUCCGGACAGCAGCAGCAUAACCACCUUGCGCCUCCUCCACUACUGCAAUCUUACAGCAGUCCUGCCGGCUCUACGCAGGAGAGCUCUGACGAUGACGGGUCAAGUGCAAAAUCAACGUUCUCUAUGCCCCGCAAAAUGUCGUCGAGCAGCGGUGUAUCAAUGCACCAUUCUCCUCAGCCAUCACAGAUGAACCGAGCAUAUCAGCGGUCUCCGUCGCCAAACUCAGAAGCGGGAACGGGAGGAAGCAUGACACCCAAUUUCACAAAGCCAUCAUUUAAUUUCUCCCGGCCGAUGAGCCGAUCUAAUACUUCUCAUUCCAUGCAUGAUUCCGUUACAAACUCGCCAUCUACGGGUACGACCAGUUCAUUCCUGAACAGGGAAAACAAGCCAGCGCCUAUAACUGUGCCCGCGCCCCUGGCCACACCGUCUCCGUCCGCGGAUGAAGCCACUGAACCACCGCUCUCAGCCGGACAGUCGUACAUCUAUGCAAAGUUCUCUCUUCCCCGGGGCCGAUUGAUCUCACGAGAAUCCAAGACGUUUAACGGCGGCGAACCGCAGGGAGACUUCCAGCCACCUCAGUUUGAGCGAUCAAUCACUGAUCCUGGGCCAAACUACGGAGCUACUCAGAAUCAGAGUCAGACCCCGACCCCAACCCCAGCUCCGGCGCAGAAUCCAAACACAACAUCUCCAGCGAAGAGCAUCAAACAGGUGCGGCCGUCACUAGAUCGAGAACAGUCGAGCACGAGCAUCGCUUCUGCCAGCACCGAUGCCAAAACAACAUCUAUUCAAAGCCAGAGCACAGUCCGUCCUCCCGCAGAAGAGAAAGAUAACGACACGGAAAACGAGCCAACAACGGCAGAAGAGCACGUAACCAGGGGUAUUGAAUGCCAUGAGUCCGGCUCGCUGAAGGAGUCGACGUACCACCUGCGUCUUGCAGCUAUGCAGAACCACCCAACUGGCAUGCUCCUGUACGCCCUUGCAUGCCGCCAUGGCUGGGGCCGCCGAGCUGACCAGACGGAAGGCGUGCAAUGGUUACGCAGAGCAGUCGACACUGCGGGACUAGACCUAGCGAGCAGCAACCCGCCCAGUCCCGAGGCCUGCGAUGCAGCACUGCAGAAACUGCUAUCCAGCAACGGCAGCGGGAAGAUGAACAUGUCUGAGCGGAAAGCCCGCCAGGCUCAGCUGGCGCUGGCCAUCUACGAGCUGGGAGUGAGCAACCUGAAUGGCUGGGGAGUGGGACAGGACAAGGCUCUUGCGCUACGGUGUUUUGAGAUUGCUGGCCGGUGGGGAGAUGUUGAUGCCAUGGCCGAAGCUGGGUACUGCUAUGCUGAGGGAGUCGGCUGCAAGAAGGACCUAAAGAAGGCGGCAAAGUAUUACCGCAUGGCCGAGAAGGGAGGCAUGAGCAUGGUAGGAAGUAGCUGGAUCUACAAGGACAAGUACAUGGACGACGAGACUGUGUCGAAGAAAAAAGGGGGAGGCAGCGUCAAGUCGACGAGCUCCAAGUCUCGGACCCGCAGCCGCAGCAUUUUUGGCCGCAAGAAACCCUCUGAUGACUGA